UCCCUCCCUCUCUCUCUCUCCCUCUCUCUGUUUGUGUGUUGUGAUUGUGAUCGCAAUUAACGAUGGCGAAGAUGGCUGGAGUUGGGGAUGUAGUUGAGGGGUUGAAGCCGGCGAUGUUAAUGGUGGUGCUUCAGUUAACAUACGCCGGAAUCAAUGUUCUGUACAAGCUUGCCGUCAACGACGGCAUGAACCUCAGAAUCCUCAUUGCUUAUCGCUAUAUGUUCGCCACUCUCUUUAUUGCUCCUCUCGCUCUCUUUCUCGAAAGGAGUAAAAGGCCAAAGAUGACUUGGAGCGUACUUUUUCAGGCAUUUCUGUGUGGGGUAUUCGGAGGAGUAAUGUCACAAAGCUUUUACUUGGAGUCAUUGGCUUUAACAUCUGCAACCUUUGCUUCGGCCAUGGCCAAUCUCACCCCAGCCAUCACCUUUCUCAUGGCCGUCUCCUUCAGCUUGGAAAGACUGAGUGUAAGAACAGUAGCAGGACAACUCAAGAUCAUUGGAACAAUAAUAGCAAUAGGAGGGGCUAUGGUCCUAACAUUCUUGAAAGGGACAAAAAUUGACACAGGCUCCUUCCACGUGAUCCUCUUGCAUCAACAUAAGGGACACGUGGCAUCACCACUAGCUCCCUCUAGCAUUAAGGCUCUCUUGGGUGCCCUUUGUUCUCUAGGAAGCAGCGCCACUUAUGCUUUAUGGCUCAUCAUCCAGGCGAAGAUGAGCAAGAGUUACCCAUAUUAUUAUUCAAGCACGGCUUUAAUGAGUUCAAUGGCAGCAUUGUUUUCAACUGCAUUUGCUUUUUGUUUUGAGAGUGAUCUGACUCAAUGGAAGUUGGGUUGGAAUAUUAGGCUUCUCACAACAGCCUAUGCGGGAAUAGUUGUGUCUGGAAUAAUGGUGGUGGUGAUGGCAUGGUGUGUGAACAUGAAAGGCCCUCUUUAUGUAUCUGCUUUCAACCCUCUUUUGCUUGUCUUUGUGGCCAUUGCUGGCUGUUUAAUGUUGGACGAGAAGCUAUAUCUUGGAAGUAUAAUAGGAGGAAUAUUGAUAGUGUGUGGAUUAUACUUGGUUUUGUGGGGAAAAGGCAAAGAGAUGAAGAAGAUGAAUCAACUUAUUCCAUCUCAAAACCUCGAUGAAGUCAUUGUGAUGAGAUCACCGCCAACGGAUGAUAAAAUCAACCGUCAUCAUAACAAUUGUGAAGUUGAAUUUGCUAAGGAUUGUGAUCAUUCAAUCAUUCAUCAAAAUAUGCAAGUGAAGUAGUAAUAGUAAUACAUGAUAGAUUGUUGAAUAAAUUGAAGAAGCCUAGCUAUGAUGUGUUGUUCAUAUCCUACAUGUGAUUCUUUCACUGAAGAAGCCUCAAAUGUUUUGUUGGUUUAAAGGAGAAGCAUAAUGGUGUUUGAAAUAACAUUCAAAGAGCAUAUUCGAUCA